AUGAGGAGACCCCUGUUCCUUCGCAUUGUGGACACAUUAAGUGCAAGUAAUCGCUAUUUCCAACAACGCCCCGAUGCUACCAUGCGUCUUGGUGCUUCACCCCUUCAAAAAUGCACCGCGGCUAUACGUAUGUUAGCUUAUGGUUGUUCAGCUGAUCAAGUAGAUGAAUAUCUAAAGCUUGGUGAAAGUACUGCUAGAGAAUGUCUUUCACAAUUUGUCGAUGGAGUUAUUGCUCAGCUUGCAACUGAGUACCCCCGCAAGCCAACAAUGGAAGAUAUCCAGCGUCUUCUAAGAGAAGAGGAGGAUAGAAACUUCCCCGGCAUGCUAGGAAGCAUUGAUUGCAUGCAUUGGGUAUGGAAAAAUUGUCCAGCUGGAUGGAAAGGAAUGUAUCAAGGCCGAUCUAAAACGGCCACUGUUAUCUUGGAAGCGGUUGCAUCUAGGGAUUUAUGGAUUUGGCACGCCUUCUUUGGGACUCCUGGGUCGUGCAACGAUAUUAAUGUACUACAACGUUCUCUUGUGUUUGAUGAUAUAAUAAAUAAUCGUGCUCCACAAGUUCUGUUCACAGUUAAUGGAAACACUUACACAAAAGGAUACUAUCUCACCGAUGGGAUUUAUCCAAAGUGGUCGACAUUUAUAGAUGCGGUUACUGCCCCUCAAACAGCUAAGGAUACGUUAUUUACUGAACGUCAAGAGAGUGCGAGAAAGGAUGUUGAGCGUGCUUUUGGUGUGUUACAAGCUCGUUUCACAAUAAUCAGGAAGCCUGCUUUGGCAUGGAGUGUAGAUCUGUUGUGGAAAAUUAUGAUGACUUGCAUCAUUAUCCACAACAUGAUUGUUGAAGACGAGCGUGAUACAUAUUUAAAUUAUAAGGAUCCACUCGAGUUUGCCGAUGAACAGCCUGAGAAUAUGUCGGGGUCGUCCUCAACUAGGAAUGCAACAACAUUCACCGUAACUCCCGGACAGUAUGAUCCAGAUAAUUUCGGUAGAUUGAUAGCUUCGAGAGGGGAAAUUCGUGAUAGAGACGUCCAUAUGGCUUUGAAGAACGACUUGAUCGAGCAUUUAUGGGCACAGUCUAUGAGGUCCGAUGAAAAUUAA